AUGUCGGAAAAAGACCUCGAAUUUCAGUAUGCCAACGAGUGCGACCUUGAAAUCCACUGUUCUCCAUUUGGCCUUUCAGGUGUCUACAUGAAGGUCAAGGGCACGAAUAUCAUGGGCAUAGGGUCCACCAUGGGUCUAAUUACAGGAACCUCCAAAGGAACGAUCCACUACAACGACAGUGCAGACUUGCAGGACCAGAGAUAUAAGCUUUUUGUGGUUGUGGACGAGGAAAACACGCUACGGAUCGACUUCACCAAGAUCAUAGGGCUUUCUGGAGAUGACAAGGAAAAGGUGCACCAGGUGGAGUUGGGCAAGGAAGACGCGGAGCCUCUGCUUAUAUUUACGGGUCAGUGCCCUGAAGGAAGGCCCGAUAAGAUCGAUCCUUUCAUUGGCAUCUUCUCUUUUGAGAGAGAGGACAAGGCGUAG